AAACGUUUUAUUGAGAAUUACAAAACGUUCAAUAAAACUCUGUUUGACGGUAAAGAACGUCCUAACCUUCGCGAAAACGAGCCGAAAGAUGAAAAUGCUUUCGAUGGAGAACUUGAUCACAGGACAGAGAUUGAAGAUUUAUUUAAAUGGCUGUUUAUGUCAAUUAACAAAAGGGACAGAGCUGAACUAGGCCAUAAUAUAACAGACAUGCUGAUCAGCUGUACGUUUAAUGGAAGGAUGUGCUCUUCAAAUAUGUUCACCUUACAUCAGACGACAGAAUAUGGUAAUUGCUGGUCAAUCAGUUCUGACAAAUUUAAAGUGAAACACCCAGGACCAUCUGGAGGACUUACAAUGAAGUUUUAUCUUGAAACUGAGGAGUAUUUAAAAGGUCUGACGACAGGAUAUGGUGCUAGAAUUCAGAUACAUGAGCAACGUACAUAUCCUUUCCCAACAGAAGAAGGGCUGUUUAUUCCAGCUUCCAUGGAGACCGAUAUUGGUCUCAGAAUGAGAUCAAUUUCAAGAGAAAAUGGAUUAUAUGGAAACUGUAAUAACGGACUGCAGCUGGAGAAAUCUACACGGUAUAAAUAUACUAGAUCGGCAUGCCAGUACCUUUGUUUGACUGAUGAAAUAAUUGACAAAUGCGGCUGCUUUGAUGAAAAGUUGGAGGAAAUGGCGAUAAGUAGAAAUGAUGAGCUCCGAUCAUGUCGAAGUCAAACAGGCAAGUUUAUUUAA